CCGUACUCUGACAAAAGAAAACUUUCACCAUGGAAUGGUCUGGGGCAGUCACUGCCCUCCUUGUUGUCUAUGUUUCAUGUCUUCUGCUCAUAUCAGCAAAGAGGAAACUUUCUCAGAAGGGGAGACUUCCUCCAGGACCUACUCCCCUGCCCCUGAUUGGGAAUUUCCUACAAAUCAAGUCAACCAAAACCUUACAAUCUCUUCUCAAGCUGCGUGAUGAAUAUGGCUCUGUUUUCACUGUCUAUUUUGGAACACGUCCAAUUCUGGUCUUAUGUGGGCAUCAAGCUGUGAAGGAGGCCCUGAUAGACAAGGCAGAAGAGUUCAGUGGAAGGUCUACUCUACCUACGCUCGAGCGGAACUUCCAGGGACAUGGUGUGGUCUUUGCCAAUGGAGAACGGUGGAAGCAAAUGCGCCGGUUCUCCCUCACUGUCUUGAGAAAUUUUGGAAUGGGGAAAAAAUCAAUUGAAGAGAGAAUCAAAGAGGAAGCCCAGUUCCUGCUGGAGGAAUUUCGGAAGAUGAAGGAAAAGCCUUUUGAGCCCACCUACUUCUUAAGCCGUGCAGUCUCCAACAUCAUUUGCUCCAUUGUUUUUGGAGACCGCUUUGACUAUGAGGACAAAGAAUUCCAGGCUCUCAUGGAGAUGAUGAACAACAGCUUCCGGGAGAUGAGCACAGGCUGGGCCCAGUUCUAUGACAUAUAUGUAGACUUCCUGAAGUACUUCCCAGGGCCUCAUACCAAGAUCUACAAUAUCUUAGAAGACAUGAGAGUCUUUAUUGCCAAGAGAGUGAAGAAAAAUCAGGAGACCUUUGACCCCAACUUCCCACGCGACUUUAUCGAUUGCUUCCUCAUCCAGAUGGAAAAGGAAAAAGGCAAUCCGACCACUGAGUUUAAUGUCAAGAACCUGGAGCUCAACACACUUAAUCUGUUCUUUGCUGGAACAGAGACGGUCAGCUCCACCUUGAGAUAUGGCUUCCUGCUUUUGAUGAAAUAUCCUGAGGUGCAAGCAAAAAUGCAUGAGGAAAUUGAUCGAGUGAUUGGCCAUAAUCGUGUCCCAAACAUUGAAGACCGAAGCCAAAUGCCAUAUACGGAUGCUGUCAUCCAUGAAGUACAGAGAUUCAGUGACCUCCUCCCUAUGGAUCUGGCCCACAGGGUUAUUCGUGACACUGAAUUCAGAGGAUACCUCCUCCCUAAGGGGAUGGAGGUCUACCCGCUGCUUACCACUGUCUUGCAUGACCCCACAAUGUUUAAAAGCCCCAACACGUUCAACCCAGAAAAUUUCUUGGAUGAGGAUGGACGCUUCAAGAAGAAUGAUGCCUUUGUGCCCUUUUCCUCAGGGAAACGGAUGUGUCUGGGUGAAGCAUUGGCCCGCAUGGAGCUUUUCCUCUUCUUCACUACCACCCUGCAGAGUUUCCAGCUGAAGUCCCUUGUUCUUCCAGAAGAUAUUGACCUCACUCCUCAGGAAAGUGGCUUUGCCAACAUCCCACCCUUCUACCAGCUCUCCAUCAUCCCACGCUGACCCCGAAGUCCGUUUCUGUCCCAGUCUUGGAGAAAGCUUAAUUCCCAGACGUCAAAGGGAAAAACUAUGCUGCUUAUUCAAUGUUUUGGCUCUUACACACAGGGUUGAGUUUUUCUGUAAGAAAAUUGCUUCCAUUUUCCACUCCUGGGUUAGUGUGUAUUGUGCUGGAGUGCUGUUGAAGCCCCAGCUGAAUUAUAAGGAUAUUGUUGACCCAUUUUAGCAUUCCCUAUCUUCUGGAGAAUCCCAGAAAUAUGAUGCCUUUCCCAUUUUAUGUAGAGCAGUGGUUCCCAACCUUUUUUUGACCAGGGCCCACUUGACCAGGACCACUUUGAUCAGGGUCCACUUUGACCAAGGACCACGUUGGAUAGGGACCACUCUCCAACAUUAGUACCAAAAGGGUUAUGAAAUAGUUUUUGGUCAACUUUAGAUUUGGUUUGGUUAUUUGGGGUGUUAAUUCAGAAAAUUGAAUUUGAUAGACCACAUCAGUUCUAGUUUCUGAUACAGAACAUAUGGCAUCCAGUAGUCACCAUCUGCUCGCCCACAGAAAAUGAUAUUUAAUAAUCUAGAGCUAAUGCAAUGGUCAGCUCUGCAGAAAGGAGUGGAAAUUAAUAAAAUAAAAUAAAUAAAGAGGAAGGUGGUUCGCGGACCGGAUUUUUGUUCUCACGGCCCACUGCUGGACCAUGGCCCACAAAUUGAGACUCAUAUACGUUUUAUAUGUUUUCAAUGUAUUCUGUUGUAUUCUAUUGGGUGUCUUGGGCUUGACCCCAUGUGAACUGUCCCAAGUCCCUUUGGAAAGAUGGGGCAGGAUACAAGAAUAAAGUUAUUAACCACUACUCUA